UAAGUUUUUAACAUAAUUCCCUGAGAAAAUGAGUUAGGCUGAAGAAAGCACAAGGGCCAAUGCCGACCCAAUCGGCAACUUCCAAAAUUCCCGGCGGCGCCGGAGCAUGACCUCCAUUGGCGACCAACUCGCCGCGGCCUGUCUCCGUCACGUUCUUCAACUCCUACACGACCGCACCGCUCGCCACCGCCUCCCCGAAAUUCUCUCCCACGUCCUCCGCCGCCAGCUCCACCUCUUCUCCCCUUCCCUCCUCUCCACCCUCGCCGCCGCCUCCUCUUCCAUCCGCCACCCCUACUUCGCCCGCCGUCUUCUCAUCCUUUCCCCCAGCCCCGACCUCCCCCUCUUCAAUGCCGCCAUCAAAUCCCUCUCCUUCUUCCCUUCCCACCAACCCUUCUUCCUCUUCUCUCUCCUCCGUUCCGCCGGCCUCAGACCCGACCGUCAAACCUUCGCCCCUCUCCUCAAAUCUUGCUCCCUCCUCCCUUCCCUCCAACCGGGUACUGCCAUCCACGCAACUGCCCUCCUCGCCGGUUUCAGCGACCAUUCCGCGGUCGCCAUCCAGCUCGUUGAACUGUACGCCCAAUUCGGCUGCAUGGCGGAGGCUUACAACGUGUUCGUGAAAUUGCCGCAUAGAGAAAUCGUCGUAUGGAACCUAAUGAUCAAUGGUUUCUGCAAAAGAAACGAUUUUGAAUCUGCUUUCCAUCUCUUUCGCCAAAUGAGCAGCAGAAAUAUCGUCACAUGGAAUACAAUCCUCGCUGGGGUUUCACGCGCAGGUUAUGACAGUAAAGCGGUCGGGAUGUUCUUGGAGAUGUGGGAGUCCGGUAUAGAUCCGGAUGAUGCUACGGUUGUCACCAUUCUUCCGAUCUGUGCUCGAACGGGAAAUUCAGAUCUUGGUCGAAAAAUUCACUUCUACGCCGAGAAGAAGGGUCUUUUGAUCUCUGCUAUAAACGUUGGGAACUCCCUCAUCGAUAUGUACUCUAAAUGCGCAGAAUUGGAGAGCGCACGGAGGGUGUUUGAUGAAAUGCCGCAACGAAAUGUUGUAACCUGGAACACGAUGAUCAAUGGACUAGCCAUCAACGGGCAUGGCCUACUGGGAUUGCAGGUGUUUGAUGAAAUGCUUGAGAGAGGUUUCCCGUCGCCAAAUUCAAGCACAUUUGUUAGUGUUCUUGGAUGCUGUACUCAUGCUGGGAUGGUGGAGAGAGGCAAAGAGCUAAUUCGAGCCAUGCCGUCAGAGUACAAGAUCAAGCCGAGACUCGAGCAUUACGGGUGCUUGGUGGAUCUAUUGGGACGGUGCGGGCGGACGAGAGAGGCAUUGGUGUUGAUCAAAGGGAUGCCAAUGAAACCGACCGCGGAGAUUUGGGGUGCAUUGUUGAGUGCUUGCAGGAAUAAUGGUGAUGCCGAGGUGGGGGAGAAGGCGGCGACGAAGUUGAUGGAGGUUGAGCCAGAGAAUUCUGGGAAUUUUGUGCUUAUGGCUAAUUUGUACGCUGAGACUGGGAGGUGGGAGGAGGCUGAGAAGGUUUGGUCUGUGAUGAGGGGAAUAAGAGUUUGGAAGAAUACAGCUCAAAGUGCUGUAGAGUUGGCUGCUGAGUUUUAUCUGUUCAAAUGAGCCAAAAAGAUCCUGUAAAGUUCUCUGUUAAUUCUGUUAAACCAGCCAUGUUUGUAGCCCUUCAUCAACUCUCUGUCGCCGGCUAACCUGGAUGUCGGGCUUCGCGCAGUUGGUCGCCGGCACCUCUGGCCACCUGCUCCGACGGCUGCUUGCGCCUCCAACUGGAACUCUAGUGUUUGUGUUUAAGCUUUAUAAACACCUAUGUACCACGAUGAGUUUCAAUUAUAUUGCAAAAAAUAGUUGAUGUACCAAGUCCAUAAAUACAUAAAUACCUAUGAUAAAAUACCACAAUAGUUUAGAUUGA